AAACGCUUGGGCGAAACAAAGUUCAGUCAGGCUGACUUUUACCACGUGGUGUCGCGACUGAGUCUCCAGCUGAAAACGUGUUGAGGGCGUGCUGUCAAAGUAGUCGGAAAUACUAGGUUAAAAUAUGUCUGGAUACGAGUUAAUUUACUUUCCUGUCAAGGGUCGAGGCCAGUCAAUCCGUUACCUGUUCCAUGACAACGACUUACAAUUUACGGAGACCAAUUGUGGAGAAGACUUUAACACCAAAUGGAAACCAAAAAUGGUGUUUGGUCAGGUGCCCUGUUUGAAGGAUGGAACCUUUGACAUUGUUCAGUCUAAUGCUAUUCUGAGACAUCUCGGAAGAAAACACGGUUUGUAUGGUUCCAAUGAAAAUGAGGCAACAAGAAUUGAUGUUAUGAAUGACGGUGUGGAGGACAUUCGUGGGGCUUAUGUCACCAUGAUUUACACCAACUACGAAAAGGGCAAGGAUGCUUUCGUACAGAGCCUUCCAAAUAAACUUGGACCUUUUGAGAAACUGCUAGCAGCAGAUGCAGAAUCCAAGAAUGGUUUUGCAGUUGGUGGAAAGGUGUCGUUCAUGGAUUACAAUCUGGUGGAUUUGCUUGACAUCCUGCAAGUGCUGUCUCCCGGGUGCCUGGACAAGUUCCCCGCCGUCAAGGCCUACUUCGGGGCCUUCCUGAAGAGGCCGGGCAUCCAGAAAGCCAGAAACACCGACCAGUUCAAGAAUAUGCCCAUCAACGCAAACGGGAAACAGUAGUCCGCACAAUGUUUUAAAGCACGGAGAGAAACGAGAAAAAGACAACGAACAAGAAUGAUGAAUCGGUUAUUUCAUAACGAGAAUAGUUGUGCUUUACAAAAAAAAAAACCCAAACAGUGCUAUAAUUUAACGUAUCUAUAAUAUUCCACAAUUCAAAUCAGUAUCAAGUUGUAUUUGGAUUAUUUUACUAAAAGUUGAUUGUUAUAGACAAUGAAACCCCUCUAAAUCGGACACCCUCAGGACCAAGUGUCCGGUUUUAGAGGUAUCCGGUUUAAAGAGGUUAAGUUCUGUACUGAUUUUUUUUUUAAAAGACCGUGGAAAAUGUCCGAUUUUGGGGGAAUUCCUGUUUACAGAGGGUCCGGUUUUGAGAAGUUUCACUGUAUUUAAAAAGUCUUGGAUGCGAUUUUUGGGACAAAUUUUAAAGCUCUUAAAGUCAUGUACGGUUCUUGUUUUUUUUGGUGUGUUUUUUUGCACAGUGAUUACAAGUAAAACCGUGUGCACGUUAUUCCUCUAGUGAUUUAAAGACACUGACCCUAGAGACAGGUGGUUUAAUAUAGUUCGGUUGUUACAGUUUUCUUACUGUUAAAUUACAAAAUAAGAAGGUACAUCUUCAUUAGAUUAUCAGUUUUGGCAAAUCCGUUUUCAAUUUCGGUAACGCACUUCUCUACGUCGCAUUAAGGUUCAAAUCCAAUUAUAUUUUUGGUUUUCCGGUAUUUGUAAAUAGCUCAAAAUACAUUUUAUACAUAACAGAAAAAAAUACAUACCUCGGUAAACAGGGUAAUCAUGUUUAUCAGUCUCGGGAUUAAAUAACAGUCCAAUACAACAUGUGCUCUUGAACGCACUCAUGUAUAAUUUUUAUUAACACCGGCGAAAAAAACUUUGUCCUAUACCAUCUUAAUAGUGUUAUACAACAUAUCUGAAAAUGACCAAAUAAAAUUAUGGAAAUUAAUAAUCAUGCGUCUUUAAGCAGAGACAAAAAACCUGCUUAAUUUCCAUUAAUAUUAAUAUUUUAUUUUAAUACUAACGCACCCCGACAAACCCCUAGAUUUAAACUUAAUUAUUUUACAGCAUUUCCUUGUGGUUAGGUCUUGUAGCUUAUUUUAAAACUCAACACGAGUCCAUUAGUGAAACAUUCAAUGCAUCUAAUUUUAGGUUAAUAAAUUAAAAAUAAUAAUUUGUUCAUGAAUGUUGAGCCUAUAACUUUACUCAUACAAACUGAGUUAUAAAGAAGUGGAAUUGAAUGUUGAUAUUUUGGAAAAUUGUUACAGCUGUCAUCUUAUGUUGGUUGAUAUUAAAUACAUGUAAUUAUAAAUCAUGUACAUUGAUACUGCCUUUCUUUGGAAUGUCUUUUUCUUUUAUUUGCCAUUUUCUAUUAUACAUUUAAGAGGUAUUGAGGUAUUAUUGUUUAGUUCAUCUUUUAUAAAAUGGAUAUGUUAUCAAAUAAGGUAAUACUAACAAUUUUGUUUGUUUUAUUUUAAAUAUUGGCAUCAGUCCAUUAAAAUCAUGCUUUAAUUUGUCGAUUUUAUAUUUGUUUAUCUUUGACACUACACCGUUUCCUAACUGUUAAUAUUUAAUAAAAUAUUACAAUUA